GGGAAAUUAAUGUGUGUGUAUAUAAAUAGGCAUGCAUGUUACAGUGAGAAGUGUGAAAUUGAGUUAAUUGCUUAACAUGACAACAUCUCAAGUCCAGAAGAUAGAAACAGAGUUUUCUAUUAAGGCAGAUGCUAAGGAAUUCUAUGAUGUUUUCUGCAACAAGACACACCAAGUUGCCAAGGCUUGGCCUGAUAUUGUUCAGAGUGUUGUAAUUCAUGAAGGUGGAUGGGGCACCGAGAGAUCCAUCAUUUCAUGGAACUAUGUUUAUGUCUUGCUUCAUGCUGUUCCCAAGAAAGAUGGAGGAAGCAUGGUGCACUGGACCAUGGAAUAUGAAAAGAUCAAUGACAACACUUCUGAUCCUCACACUUUGAUGGAGUUGGUAGUUGAUGAGAGCAAACAGGAAAAGAAGGGCCUUGGAGCCCAUGUCUUGGUAAGCAAAUAUGUUGUUCAGUUAGCAGAAGUAACAAGUAACAAUUUGAGAAUGAGGAAUGCUAGGGGCCAGCAAAUUGACUAUCACUAUAUACAAGAUGAAAGGCUUCAAGUGUUCAAGACCAAGAACUUUCAACAGUUGAAUGAGCCAAAUUCCUUCACAAUAAGGCACGAUAUUUGGCUUUGA